CAACCAUGCAAUUAAGGGGUAUUUCGUUGCGUCAUGUGAUUUUUGACAGACCAAACGUCAAAAAGAAAUCUGCCUUCUGUCAAAAUCCGGCAUCCAUUUUGGAAUAUUUCUAGUAAAAUAUCACCGGUUAUUUGAAUUGGAUUUGUUUUUUUCUUGGAAACAUUUUAAAGUGCUUACAUUAUGUCGGCCGCACAGUUGUUUAAUCGAAUCGGACAGUUUGGGUUGGGGGUAGCCCUUGUCGGCGGUGUAGUAAAUUCAGCUUUAUACAAUGUUGACGGUGGAAACAGAGCCGUAAUAUUCGACAGAUUCUCAGGAAUCAAGAAGCAAGUUAUGGGCGAGGGUACGCAUUUUUUCAUUCCGUGGGUGCAAAGGCCGAUUAUUUUUGAUGUUAGGUCCAGGCCUAGGAACGUUCCUGUUGUCACGGGCAGUAAAGAUCUCCAAAACGUCAACAUCACCCUACGUAUCCUAUUUAGGCCCGUACCAGACCAACUACCGAGAAUCUACACAAUCUUAGGCCAGGAUUACGAAGAACGCGUGCUGCCCUCUAUCACGACCGAAGUUUUGAAGGCCGUUGUUGCUCAAUUUGACGCCGGCGAAUUGAUCACGCAACGUGACCUGGUCUCUCAGAAAGUGAGCGCGGAUUUGAUGGAGAGGGCUGCUCAAUUCGGCGUCAUCCUCGACGAUAUUUCCAUCACCCAUCUAACUUUCGGUAGAGAGUUCACACAGGCUGUAGAGUUAAAACAGGUGGCGCAACAAGACGCCGAAAAGGCCAGAUUCUUGGUAGAAAAAGCCGAGCAAACCAGAAAAGCCACCGUUAUAUCGGCCGAAGGUGACGCACAAGCCGCCAUUUUGUUGGCUAAAGCUUUUGGAGAUGCCGGCGAAGGUUUGGUCGAAUUAAGAAGAAUCGAAGCAGCCGAAGACAUCGCCUAUCAACUUUCCAAAUCAAGACAAGUUGCUUACUUACCUGGUGGCCAGAAUAUGCUCUUAAAUGUGCCAACUCCUGGCAACUAAAUUCUAAAAUGUGAUGGAAUGUGUUGUAGCAUUUAACUGAACAAUCUGAAAUAUAUAAAAAGUCGUUUGUUUUAUAUUGACUGCAUUUUUAAUAAAAACAUUUUUGUUCAUAUGUUGUAUUUCAGAUUUUGUCAGCCUGGAAAGAAUGAACAGUAAAUAGUUUUAAGUUAAAUCCAAAUCUCCGGUGUUUAUUUUCUAUAUCCCUAAGUCAAAUUAUCGUAUUGUUAUUAUUGUUAAUAAAUUUUAUAAACACGAAAACAA